GGUAGUAAGGGAGAAGCAACAGUGGGGCUGUAGGUUAGAGAGGUCUGUUCGCAGACCGGUUCUAGUGCGCCCAAACUGUCGUCCACAGACCGCACGGAUCCUCGGGCUUUAUUCGACCCCGUAAAACAACCAUGGGGAACGCAGAGAGUGGCUGCGGAGGUGGCAGCGCCGACGAGGAAGACGUAGAAACCGAGAGCCCCGGCUUCGCGGAAGACAGCCCGGCCUCUGCGGCCACCAAUGCUGGAGGCGGUGGCGGCUCCGGUUCUGGAAGAAGCGGAAGAGGAGCCAGUACAGUGCCCGUGCCCUCGAACGGGCCACCCAGCCCGGGUGUGCUCCUGGAGCAAGUGAAACUGAGAGAGGCGGCUGCCAGAAUUAGCGACGCAGGAGUCGCCAUUCGGGAGUCGGUUCUGGCCGGCAACGACAGCGCCCUGGUCCGGUGGUUGGAGGACCGCUUGAGCCGAGGAGAGGAGUCCGUCAAUGUGGAGCAGUUCUGCGAGAUGCUGGAAAGCAGAGACGCUCCAAGAUUUGAGUGCGAAGAGGCCUUUGGACAAUUUGAUGCUGAGGGGGACGGGGUGGUGGAUGUCGAGAGCAUGCUCAUGGCCCUGAAGAACUCCAAUGGAGCGAAUCUACAAGGAGAGCUGAGUCAUGUGAUAAGGCAGCUACAGGCGUGCUCCCUAACGCCAGGAUUUGUUGACAUAUUUUCCAAGACUAAAGAUCGACUAGGGGCACAUGCAUCUAAGAUCCUCAAGUUUUUACACCGAAAUCGUAUUCCCAGCAGUGCCAUACCCUUCCCCAUUUUGGAGGGAUACAACAGUAUUUGUACGAUGAGGUCCAGUGUGGUUCAGGAUUACCUGGAGUUUGUCCUGCAGAAAGAGAACGAUUCAGACAUCCAAUACCGGGCAGAACUGGACCGUGAUCCUGAAGUGGAUAAAAUAAAAGUCGUCAAGCAGUGUUACAGCUCGAUCGAGGCUUCAUCCAAUAUCUCGGAUAUUUACAAGAUGACAAGCGGUGACACAACCACUUACUGGCAGUCCGACGGUAGCGCGCGCUCACACUGGAUCAGAUUGAAAAUGAAACCAGACGUGGUUUUGAGGCGUCUGUCCAUCGCAGUAGCUGCCAAUGACCACAGCUACAUGCCACAGCUGGUCUCAGUGGUGGUGGGGAAAAGCAGGCAUUCCUUGCAUGAGAUCAGAGUCAUCCGCAUACCCAGCAACGUCACGGGAUAUGUAGCACUGUUGGAGAAUGCCAACAUUACACACCCCUAUGUCCAAAUUAACAUCAAGAGGUGCCUGACUGACGGGUGCGACACUCGGGUCCAUGGCUUGAAGACACUGGGUUACCAGAUCACUAAGAACAAAGAAAUGUCUGUUUCGGACGCUUCAGCCAUCUGGUACCUUUCGCUCCUUACCUCACUGGUCACCACCUCGAUGGAGACAAAUCCCGCGCUGGCGCAGACUGUACUUCAGAGCACACAAAAAGCCUUACAUCACAUGCCACCACUCUCCUUAACACCAUCUUCCACGGAGUUCCCCAAGUUCUUCUCCGCCAACAUCCUGGAGGAGGUGGACGGGUUUCUAUUCAGGAUAGCAGACUGUUGUGAAAGUCCAGAUGCAGAACUGACCCUCCUGGCCUUCGCUCUUGCAAGAGGCAGUGUUGCUAAAGUCCUGCAGGCUCUCUCUUGUAUCAGUGACCAUGUACCUUGCGAGUACAAGGCAAAUUCCCUCAUCCUCUCAAUGGCCUCUGUUCGGCUCCGCCUUCUAUAUCGUAAUGGGAAACCUCUUCAGCUCCAUCUGCAGGCAUGUGAUGUGAAGAGCAAGGAGGAGAAAUCUGGACCAGAAAACAUGUUGGCCGAUUCCCCCACUGGUGAUGGAUUUCUAACUGAAAGCGGCAAAAAGAAAGCCAGCAUCAUUCUAUCAACAGAGGACCAGAGCUACUUUCAAGUGACUCAGAUGAGGAUCAUAGUGCGAAAAGGAGCCAUUGGUGCUAAAUGUGGUUUGGUGUUUGCUUACAAAGACCGCGACGUGUUUGAUGCCGAGAAACAUUUCAAGAGGUUUAAAAAGUAUGAUGCUUGGGACUACAAGGACUACAAAGAUUUUGUCCGAGACAAUCUCAGGAUGCCUGCUCAGUCCGAGGACGAGCCGAUUGGCUGGUUUGAGCUGGAAGAUGACUGGAAUGACGUGGAGAUAAAGCUUCAGCAGUGUCGUGUUGCAAAGUUUCUGAUGGUGAAGUUCCUCUGCACCAGACAGGACAACGCAGAACGUCUGGGCGUACAGUCCAUGACCUUCAGCGGCUACUUGCCCUCUGGACACGAGAAGCUAUUGGACCUAGAAGAGCUGCCUUCUGAGGGAGACAGAUCAGACAGUGAUCCAUGCCCAGGCCAUCAACUGCUGAACAAGACUCUUUUCUUCAUCCAGCAGCUAACACAGGACAUGGAUACUUCUCAGCUGAGACAAAAGUACCUAUUGGACUUCUCUGGUCUGAACCUUGGCCUUUUCUGGAACUUCUACAAUAAACUCAGGCCAAUUGAAGGAGAAGAGGCCUUGAAAAGCAGAGUUCUCCUGCUUCAGCUGCUGCAGAACUGUUUCCCUGUGCUACCAAACCCAGUGGAACUCAGAAGCCCAGGGGAGAAUGGUGGUGCCAAAGAGAAGAUCUUGUCAGGAGCUCAACCCUCCACAUCCGGCAGCGAGCACCCAAACGACUCACUCAGGGCGGUGAAGGAACUCUACAUCCACCUCUGCCAAAUUGUGGAUGAUCAAGAGCAUGAGACCUCCAUGGAAAAAGCUUUGUACCAAGAAGCAUUAAAUGCAGUCCUUCAUGGAGCGUCUAUUUUCUUCCCUGACAAACACGUCAGACGAGAUAAACUCUUCCACAUGAUGAAGAACAUCACAGAGGAGGAUCAGCCUGAGUCUGUUAAGUUAACAUUUGCAUCAUUGUGUAACUAUUUCAGUGACCAGGAUCCAAGUGGCCUUCUCCUUCUACCCCCAAAAGGAGCUCCAGCUGACUUUGAUAUCAGCCCUAUACUGUCAGUCAUGGACACCCUAUUGCUAGUAGCAACAAGAGAGUGUAAUGUUAUGAUGGUGGACGAGGGAGCCGGAAACAGCAGGGCUGUGUUGCUGUCCUUGUUCUGGGCUCUACAGGGCAGCCUCGUAUCUUGGUGCUACCUGCAGCUGAAAGGAGGAACUUCUGCCACUGCCAUGGAACUCGCACGGAAGAUCCUGCUUAAAUAUGUGGAUCUGUUCUUGGAAAGUAUCAAGACAACACUUGGUUCCCUCCUGCAGAGCUACAACGGUGCCGAAAUUAUCAACAAGCUUGGCAGCUCAAUCCUUGCCACAGUCUUCAGACAACUGAUGAUUUUACUCCUUGAGCUGUGCUCCUUGGACAUUCCUCACAGUCUGCUUCUGAAGAGUUUCUCCUCUCUGGUUGUGCUCUUGAGAAGCAUGUCCGUUGAUACAGGAGAUAUAUUUUCAAAAAUGGACCAGGAGAGCUGGCAUCAUCCCCAGCUGCCUGUGGUGCUGAGAACGUGGAACAUGGAGUCCCCACACAACUAUGAGAACUGCCGCCAUGAGACCAACAUCUUUGCUUGCCCAGGAGCUACUUCCUUUGAAGUGGAGUUCGACGAGCGCUGUGAGACAGAAGUGAGGUACGACUACCUGGAGUUCACAGAUUCUCGAGGUGGAAAGGUGCGCUAUGAUAAGAAGGUUGGGACAGAAAAGUGGCCGAAGAAGGUCACUUUCGAUGCUGGUCCUCAGCUUCAGUUCCUCUUCCAUUCUGACAGCAGUAACAAUGAGUGGGGAUACAAGUUCUCAGUCACGGCCAUGGGGCUCCCUGACUUCACUAUCUCUUGGAUGUCUGACGUGCAGUUGCUGGUGGCUCGGCUGAUGGGCCGUCUUGCCUCCAGAACUCUGGCGCUGAAGUCUCCUCAGGAGAUUUGCUCAGUGAAGGAACUUCCCCCGGGAAAGAUGUCGCAUGUUCAGGCCUCGCCUCUUUGGAAACCUAUUCUCAGGCAUGGAGUUUUAGAAAGCCGGAGCUCGGAUGAGACUGCUGUGAUGAACAGCAGCAGUGUGGACGACGUGUUGAGGUCAUUGCUCAGUUUUGCCCAAUGGAAUCCUGACCAGGAGCCGGACAGUGGAACAGAACAGCUUAAGGUCCUCAUACAGUACUGUCAGAAACAGGCUAUCAGAAAUGAAAUCGCCACUGGAUCAGUUGUUGAUCAUGCUGUGAAUGCCAUUUGGGCUGCCAUGGUUUACCAUACACCAUCCCUGGUCCAAGCUCUGAAGACCUACGUCAACCAGGACUGCAAAUCCUGUAUAAAUGAAGACUUCGUCGAGCUGUAUUUGGUGGCGGAUGGCAUCAGAAUGUGGAUGCUGGAGUUGAAGCAAAGAUAUCUUGUUGGCAAACUGACUGUUGCUGAUGACAAAGAAGGCGGUCAGGAAGAGGUUACCCUGGAAACUCUUUCUGAGAUGUGCGUCGAGAAAAGCCUUUUGCUUUUCAGAUUUGCACCAUGUGGAAUGUCCAGCCAGACGGCAGAGGGCGCCAUUGUUCGUCUUCACAGCUCAGGUUCGAUAUCAGAGGAGGACUUCCAGGGGGUCUCGUCUGUAAAUGAUGAGAGCAGUGAAGGGAAGAAAGAACAGAGCCAGCCUGCCACUCCUCAACCCCAAGCCCCAUCGACUUGUGGGCAUGUCGGACAAGAGCUCUCAUCUCCCCAGCAGGGGGAGCCAGCGUCUCCUUCUACCUUUCCAAGCAAAGCUAUGUUCAGUCGGGCGCGGCUUCGUCUUCUGUCUUGUCGUUCUGUGGAGGAGCCUCGUUCGACACCUCCAAUCAAAGAGCGUUAUCCUGUCGUCAAAGACAUCCUGAACUUCAUUAAAGACCAGGCUCUGACAACAUCCAGCAUUCUGCAGACCUUGUCACUGAACAAAGCCCAGGCUCUCAGUGUCUGCAAAGUCCUGGAAAUGGUACAAGAAUGUCUGCACUCACUGGGAAAGCCACACCUGUUCCAAGCCCCCUGCAUCCUGUUUCUGCAGGAGCUGCUUGCAUGCCAGAAGGACUUCACCAGUUAUUUCUCUCAGCUGUCCGAUAAUGGACAAAAGCUGGGAGAGAAAGUAAGACAUUCCUACCAUCAGCUUGUUCUUACGCUGGUUGAAGCAGUCCAGGGAUUCAGCAGUCUCAAUGAGAAAGCCCUUCUUCCAGCUUUGUCCUGCAUACAAACGUGCUUGUUGCACCUUCUUGACAUGAGCUGGGAGGUUGAGGACCUUCAUCUCUUCCUGAAAAUUAAACUUCCUGACCUGCUGCUGAGCAUGUCCCAGGAGAACAUAAGUGUUCACGAUAUUGCAAUCAGUCAGUGGACAGAAGACGAUGAAAUUGCAGACUACAAAAGGAAUCAAGACUGGAUGGAUGAGUGCAUGGAUGGGAUGUUUGAAAAGUGGUACAGCAAAAUCGAUGAAGAAGAGGCGAUGGAAGAUAAAAGAAAGAUGCACAUGUUCAUCGCUCGCUAUUGUGACCUGCUCAACGUUGUGAUCUCCUGCGAUGGCUGUGAAAGAAUGGCGCCUUGGCACCGGUACCGAUGCCUGCAGUGUAUGGAUAUGGACCUUUGCAAGACCUGCUUUCUCAGUGGCGCCAAACCUGAGGGACACGAAGACGACCAUGAGAUGGUGAACAUGGAGUACGCUUGUGACCACUGCCAAGGUCUCAUCGUGGGUAGCAGGAUUAACUGCAAUGUGUGUGAGGAUUUUGACCUGUGCUUUGGUUGCUACAACGCCAAAAAGUAUCCUGACAGUCACCUGCCGACACAUCGGAUCACGGUUUAUCCCAUGGUGACCAUAAGAAUCAGUGACCGUCACAGACUGAUCCAGCCUUACGUCCACAACUACUCCUGGCUUCUGUUUGCUGCUUUGGCCCUCUACACGUCAGACCUGAACAGCGGGAUGCAGACGGAGGGAGAAUGUUUAGACAGCAGCACCCUCAGUCAGGCUGCGACUUUGCAGACACGCUGCUCCCAGCUCAUCACUGAUUGUCUCCUCAAGGGUCAGCCAGGAAAGGCUCUGCGGUCCUCUGCUCUGCUGGCUCUGCUGUUGUCUAAUGAUUCAGCCUCAGACAGUGAGCUGUGUCCAGUGUCUCCGGAGUCGUCCCAAGAGCUCAGUACUGCCACCGAUACCUCGUCUCUGCCAGGCAGCACAGCAGCCAUCUGCUCCCCGUCAUCUCCCAAAGACAAGAGGAAACCCUCUGGCAAGGAGAAAAAGAAAGAAAUCAGCGCACCUUCAGAAGCACCCUCACCGCCGACCAGUAUUGAAAUGGAAAAGAAGAAGCUGGUUUCACAAGAUACUCUGGACUCCAACAGCCUCAGUAAGACUCCGUCGGUGUCCAGUGAAGAUCCUUUGUCUCCCGUAGUCCGACCUUCAGAGUCUGGACCAGGAACGAUCAAUUCACCCGUCUCUGACAUCAUGAAGGAGUCCAACGCGAGGUUGCCGCAGGUUCCUUUACAGGAACAAGUUUUCUCUGAAUGCUCCAGAGAAAGGAUUCUUGGUCUAUUAGCAGCCAUGCUGCCUCCAGUGAAACCGGGCAUUACUCUGUCUCUGCCCAGCGUGAUCUCCAUCCUUCACCAGCUUUUCCGAGUGGUCAUCUCUAAUGCCGGCUCGGUCAAUGAGACCUACCACCUCACGCUGGGACUGCUCGGCCAACUGCUGCUGCGAAUCACUCCAACAGAGGCUGACUCGGCCAUGACGGAGGCCUUGGCAGACAAAUACGAGCUGAUGACUCAGGGAGACGCUGCCAACUCUGACUCACCAGGCUGGAAAACUAUUCAUCUGCUCUUCAGCCUGGGUGCCGUCUGUUUAGACAGCCGGAUUGGCCUGGACUGGGCGUGCACAGUGGCCGACAUCUUGCACAGCCUAAAUGUUUGCCCUGAAUGGAGCUCGGUCAUCGUUGCCUUCACUGAUCAUUGCGUUCGACAACUUCCACAGUCUUUCAAACGCACCAACCUCUUCACUCUACUGGUUUUGGUCGGAUUCCCCGAGGUUCUGUGUGUGGGCACCCAGACAGUAUUUAUCGACAAUGCCAACGAACAACACAAUAUGAUCCUGCUGAAACAUUUCACUGAGAAGAACCAUGCUGCAGUGGUGGAUAUUAAGACACGCAAGAGGAAAACCGUCAAAGACUACCAAUUGAUCCAGUCUCAGGACUCCAGACUCCCCGGGCAGCCUGAGUCCCAGUCCUCUUCAAAGUCGCUGCUCAGCCUCUACCUGAGCGAUUUUGUCUCCAUCAUCAGUCACCUGCUUCAAAACAGUCUAGACAAUAGCUCUACUGAUGCUGUCGAGUCUUCCUGGGUUCUGUCCUUGGCCCUCAAAGGUCUCUACAACACACUUAAGAAGAAUGGCGUGGAGGAGGCUCAGGAGGCAAUCCAGAAGUCAGGACUGACCCAACUCCUGGUCAGGAAGUGUAGCAAAGGGACAGGCUUCAGCAAACUCUGGCUUCUCAGAGACCUGGAGAUUCUCUCCAUCAUGCUUUACUCGUCCAAGCGGGAGAUUCAUUCUAUGGCCCUGGAUCCUGAACGAGACCAAAGAGAGCAGGAGAAGGAGCAUGACUCAGACCACUCCAGCAGCUGCACAGAUGACGGGAAUGUACACAAGUCUGACCCGCUGGAAGGCCUCGACGAAGAGACAAAGAUGUGCAUCCAGGAUGCCUUAAAUACGCCGCUGCCCAUCUUGCGAGCCAUGUAUGAGCGGCAGAUGAAAAGAACCGAUUCCCUCUUCGAGGAGAUGGAAAAGAGGGUUGACAGUGAGGAAAUAAAAAUUGAUGAGACGGUCUGCACUCUCGCUCAGAAGUGGCUAACAGGCAGACGCACUCGCUCCGAAGAGCGGAACGCCAAAGCUGUUGACACCGACAUCAACGUGGUGUCGUGUGUGUCCAAACCCUGUCACUGUGAAAAGGCCACAGAGGAAAUCAAUGCUGUGGUUCAGAAGCUCAUCACCAAUUCAGAGAGCGACCGGCAACUCAGCUACGCCAAACAGCGACGGACCAAGAGCUCGGCGCUUCUUCACAAAGAGCUUGAUGUUCGGAGCAACCGAGCUGUCCGUCAGUACCUGGUGAAGGUCAAUCAGGCCAUUGCCACCUUGUACGCCCGCCACGUGCUGGCCACGCUGCUGGCGGACUGGCCUGCAGAUGCAGCUCUGAGCGAGGAGGCUCUGGAACUGAAUGGUGCCUCUCACCUGGCCUACAUCCUCGAUAUGUUGAUGCAGCUUGAAGAAAAGUCACUGUGGGAGAAGAUUCUUCAGCGGGUCCUGAAGGGCUGCAGUAUGAGUAUGCUGUGCAGUCUGUCUCUCACUGCCUGUCAAUUCAUGGAGGAGCCAGGCAUGGCAGUGCAGAUCCGGGAAUCCAAACACCCGUACGAGAACCACACUAACAUAGAGGACAAGGUGCACAUCCCCGGAGCCAUUUAUCUUUCUGUCAAGUUCGAUUCCCGCUGCUACACAGAGGGAGGCUGCGAUGAACUUGUCAUGUCUAGCAGCAGUGAUUUCCUGCAAGACACAUACAACUUGAGCGGUUCUCCUCAGAAAUGGGCUGACUUCGAAAUCCCAGGCGACACCCUUUACUAUAAGUUUAUGUCAGAUAUGAGCAACACCGAGUGGGGGUACAAGUUUACAGUAACCGGUGGUCACAGAGGACGAUUCCAGACAGGUUUUGAGAUUUUGAAGCAAAUGUUGGCAGAUGACAAGUUGCUCGUUCACCUGCCAUUGGCUGACAUCUGGGAGUGGCAGGUGGGCGUGGCCUGUCGGCAGACCGGGAGCCAGAGGCUGAAAGCCAUCCACUUGUUGCUUCGUCUACUGCAGUGCCAGUCACAGACAGCCUGCGAGCUGACCCUGCUGCGCCCUCUGUGGCAACUCUUCAUGACGAUGGAGAGCGGUCUGAGCCAGGAUCUGACCAGCGGCACUCUGCUGCUGCCGCUACACCGAGCACUCGCGGAGCUCUUCUUCAUCGCCCAGGAUCGCGCCGCUGCACAGGGGAUGCUGCAGGAGUACUUGUUAGCCAUGACCACGGACGAGCAGCUCAUCCAUCACACUGCAGUGGCGCUAAAGAACAUCGCCGCCAUCAGCCUGGCCAUCGAUUACCCAAACAAAUCUACCAAGCUCCUGGACACCUCCCAGUGAGACGGGAGGACGGCGACGCGCUGGAUGAUCUGGUUCACUGUGUACAAAAGGAAACUCAUGAAAAGGCCCCCUCCUCUCCUCCAUGCUUGGGACUCUAUCUGCAGAGGUGGAAGGGGCGGGGCCUCCAAGCGCACUUUCACACUCACUCACAGCCCUUUCUGCCUUAAUUCAACCGCGUCAGCAUGUGCUUUCACCAGGUAACAUCGCCAGCUUUUUAUCUUUAUUUCCGAGCACCAUGCUGAGGGGGACGUGCCAAAUUUAUUUAUUUUUUUUUUUUGUUUGCUGCCAAACGGCUGCCAUAAGUUAACCGGCAGCAAAGCAGGUCACCUUGACCUGGUCUCAGCGGAGAUGUUGAGCGGCCCAAAAAUACUGUCCAGGACAGCGCAGCCUCAUUUGUCACCACCGGAGAUAAAUCACUGACCGACUCCAUCGGCCUUUUCACGGCCAUAUUGACGGGAUGCAAAGAAACGCCGGAGUCCAGGUGGCGUUCAAGCGCUGGAAAUUCAGCAUCCAUUUUUCUAGUUAGACUCUGUCACACAUCAGAACAGUCAGCUGCGAAGGCAUCAUGACUGCGGUCCACCUCAACGCUGCAGCUCAUUGAAAAAGUCCUAAAUAAAUAACUAAAAUCACUUUAUUUGUUUUAGUUUAAUCUACUGAUUUAUUUAUUUAUUGUCUUGUUUUACCCUCAGAUAGCGUCGAUGAAUGCAGGUUCAUAAACUACAUGAGUGUCACCUUGUUGCUACACAGAAGUGAAGACUGUAUUCACACACAUUAUGUAAAACACACACACAAGUCGUCCAUAGUCAUUUUUGAUAAACCGAUGCUUGUAAUACCUCAUUUUAAAAUCCAGGACUCUUCCAUAAUAAUAAAAAAAAAAUGGAUGGGUUUCACACCCAGGACUAGAGACCGAAAUGAUGGAGAGGUUUUGUUUAUUUGUUUUUGAAAGAAUAGUCUUAGUGGUUUAUACCAAAGAAUCCGAUCAUUGUGAGUCGUGUGCGAGUCUUACACCAGAGAGUGAGACACUGAAGCCGAGGAAACAUUCAUUUUAAUUCCCAUCCUUUUUUUUUUUUUCCUUUAAAUCCAACCAAGUGACAACUCUUUUGUUUACACACCCAUCCGCUGCAGUGAAGACACGCAGCCUCAAAUCUACGACGUGCCUACGGUUAUUAAUGAAGCAAUCCUAAUUUAACUCAUUCUAGUGGAUAAUUCUAUUUUUAAAGAGAAGAUAUAUUUGUUUCCUUUGAAGAUUUUGUACUUUCCUUUGAUCUUUUUUUUUUCUUUUUUUUUUAACGUGGACGCUUGUUGGAAGAGAAUUAGUGUGUACAUACAUAUCUGUGAAUAAUGAUUGCAUUGGGGAAAUACUUUUAAAUUAACCCUUAAAGAAAUGUAUCGGGCAGAUGGACACUUUGAUUUUGUAUGCAUGAUGCGUUGUU